GAACACCGUAUGUCAUUUCUCAAGCCCGUUGGCUCUCUUCCCCCUUUCUCCCACGAAGCCCAGCUCUGCUUACUCAUACCGGAGUGAGCUCUCCCCCGUCCGCCCAACAUGCGCCGCACCACAAUUCUCUCCGUGGCGGCGUUCCUCCUCGACAUCCGAGUCUCUGCUGCGACCCCCGUCGACUCCCCGCCUUCCGAGGUCGGCCAGCCCUGCGGUCAAACACUCGGCGACUGCGCCGGGAACCUGACUUGCAUCCCGCUCUCGACCGACUGCACCCGAUGGGUGAACAGCUCGAACGAGGGAUGCCCGGGCACCUGCCAGGAAAUCGACAUUUCCAAGCAGCAAAUCUACACGCUGUGCGGAGGCUGGUCGUUGAUCGAUGACUGCAACGAGCGCAUCGAGAGCUGCAUCGCCGAUCCGAGAACGGCCGACUCGUGCGGGCCUUCGUGCGACGGGUCUGGCAUCUGCUGGCCGUUUGCCGAGAUAUGCGGCGGGGAGGAAAAGCUGGAGUGUCCCAAGGGCAAAGCGUGUUUCAAUGACCUGAUCUGUCUUCCGUUGCGGUUUGGAUCGGAUUACUACGAAAAGACAUCAUUGGAGGAGGUGACUCGGACGGAUCAGGACGGUUGGCAGGGGGAUAAGUGACAACAAACUCAAUUCAGGGGUUGGAAGAACAGGAUGACAAAUGGCCGGGGCAUCCCGAAAAGGGGCAAUGCGCUCUGCCAACUGUAUCUCGCCGCCCGACCGAUAGUCUUCCAGACUCCAUCUUGCCCCCGCUGAGUCCAAU